AUGGCGUCCCGGCGCCUAGCUUUGAAUGUCGCCCAGGGACUGCGCAGCCGCGCUGCUCUCAAUGCCGUGGCUCCGCUGCGAAGGGGCUUCGCGACUCCUGUGGUGAAAAAUGGCCCGAACACGGAAACCACAACGCUCACCAAUGGAUUGACUGUUGCUACAGAGCACUCUCCUUGGGCGCAGACGUCGACGGUGGGCAUGUGGAUCGAUGCUGGUUCCCGCGCAGAAACCGACAAGACAAAUGGAACAGCCCACUUCUUGGAGCAUCUUGCCUUCAAGGGAACAAACAAGCGGACACAACAUCAAUUGGAGCUGGAGAUUGAAAAUAUGGGCGGCCAUUUGAAUGCCUACACAUCACGAGAGAACACCGUCUACUAUGCGAAAGCCUUCAAUGCCGACGUCCCCGCCACCGUCGAUAUCCUCUCCGAUAUCCUCCAAAAUUCUAAGCUCGACCCACAAGCCAUAGAACGGGAGCGUGAUGUUAUCUUGAGGGAGUCAGAAGAAGUGGACAAGCAACUAGAAGAAGUUGUAUUCGACCACCUACACGCAACUGCAUUCCAAGGCCAACCUCUCGGUCGUACGAUUCUCGGCCCCGCCAAGAACAUCUUGAGCAUCCAAAAGAACGACCUGGUCGACUACAUCAAGACAAACUACACUGCCGAUCGUAUGGUUCUCGUUGGAGCUGGCGGUGUUCCCCACAAGCAGCUUGUCGAGCUUGCUGAGAAGCAUUUCUCUGGUCUACCAACUGAGCCUUAUACCGGUGCUGCAUCAGCUGUUGCCGCUGCCCAAAAGGCCACUCCAGAUUUCAUUGGCUCUGAGGUCAGAAUGCGUGACGACACCAUCCCAACUGCCAACAUCGCCAUUGCCGUGGAGGGUGUUAGCUGGAAGGAUGAUGACUACUUCACUGCGCUGGUCACGCAAGCAAUUGUUGGAAACUGGGAUAGAGCAAUGGGCAACGCUCCACAUAUGGGCAGCAAGCUGAGUGGCUUCGUACACAAGAACAACUUGGCCAAUAGCUUCAUGAGCUUUUCUACAAGUUACAGUGAUACCGGUCUCUGGGGUAUCUACCUCGUUAGCGACCAGAUCACUCGCCUCGACGAUCUCGUUCACUUCACCCUCCGCGAAUGGUCCCGCUUAUCAUACAGCGUUGGAGAAGCCGAAGUCGAGCGUGCCAAGGCCCAACUCAAAGCCUCUCUCCUCCUGUCUCUUGAUGGCACCACCGCCGUAGCGGAGGACAUCGGACGCCAGAUCAUCACCACUGGACGACGCAUGGGCGCCGAGGAGAUCGAGCGUGUCGUAGGAGCAAUUACCGAGAAGGACGUGAUGAGAUUUGCGCAGACCAAGCUGUGGGAUCAGGACAUCGCUAUUAGUGCAGUAGGAAGCAUCGAGGGCCUGUUUGAUUAUAACCGUAUCCGGGCGGACAUGAGCCGGAACUUCUAA